GACCCGUGAGACGGAGACCAGACCAGAGAAGUAAAACCAAAGCGGCGCACGCGACGCCUGGAACGAGGAGAGGAGAGAGAGCCGGUGGAGCGCGCGGCGAGCGGAGGCAGAGGGGCGCCGCGUUCGCCCGGCGAGAGAGGCGAUGUCGUCCAUCGGCUCCUCUAACAUUGGCUUCCAGCUGCUGAAGAAGUCCGGGUGGAAGGAGGGCACCGGCCUCGGUGCGCAGGAGCAGGGGCGUUUGGAACCAGUAGAAACUCGUGUCAAGAACAACAAACGCGGUUUAGGUUCCAAAGAACCAAAGCCAAAGCCAAAGGUUGAGGAUGAUGUUGAAACAGCUCCUAGUAAAAGACCCAAGCAGGAUGCGCCGGUAACGAAGAAGGCAAAGUUGGCCGCAAAGAGGAUACGGAAGAUGCAGGAAGAGGAGAAGAAAGCACAAGAGAGGGAAUUCGAAAUUGCUUUCUUCAGGGAAUUUUGGCCUGAUAAUGUAUAAACAACAAACCUGACAGCGUUGCACCCGUUGGCAUCAACUGAUAAUGCCAUUGUACAGCUUAUCGAUGCUUUUGCAGUUUGCAACUGCUGUUCACUCUUUCUGUCUUUGUUCUCUUCCAAGUGUUACAUUUAUUCAGUUGUAGAUAUUUGUGCCCUGCAGAGAUAUGGUGUAACUUGUAACAGACGUUCUUUGAUUGAAGAAAAUGUCACUUGGGUUUUUUACUA